AUGAUGCAGUGUGUCAUUUUAUCAAUGCUAUGUAUAAAUUUAUUGAAACAACAUGAUGAUUAUUGUGAUGAUUAUCAACAUGAAGCUGUGUCAUAUUUAUCAAUAUCAUUUGCUACAAAAUUGUAUAAAUUUAUUAUGAAAAGGCGACGUGAAUUUAUGGCUGGACAUGUUGAGUUAAGACAUUUAUUAGAUUAUGAUGAACAAUGUGUAAAAACAUCACUUGAUAAAAAGACCAGCUACGAUAACUUUGAAAAAAAAAUGGGUAAAAGACUUGUUGUGAAAUUGGAAAAGCUAGAAGAUUUAUCUAAUGUCAGUUCAAAGUCACAAGCUACCAAGAAUGAUGAUGAUUCAUCUGAAAUUGAUUGCAAUGAUAAUAAUGAUGGUAGUGGUUACUGUUUUAGAAAAAGACCAAAGAUAAUAAGUAAUUCACGCAAGCCAUCUAAAAAAGAACUAAUUCCAUAUGAUAAAAAAUUGAGAAUUGCUCAAAUGAUUGAAAAUCAUCCAACUUGGUCAAUGCAAAAAAUUAAAGAACUCAAUGAUGUACAUCAUGUUUCUAGUGGACAAAUAGAAAUAUGGGCAGAACAAGUAAAAAAAGGUGGUUCUUUUUAUGAUAAAAUUAAUCAAAUUAAUAACUGGGUUUUUGCCAAAUGUUUGGAUUGUCAAAAAAAUAACAAAAAAUUUUCUGAUGAGUGUAUACAAAAUUGGGCGCUUGAAGCAAAAAAAAUUUAUUUUUCUGGAAAUAUAAAUAAACUUUUCACAGCAUCUUCUUUCUGGAUAACAAAAUUUAAAAAACUUCAUGGUAUCACUGGUAUCACAAAGGAUAAUCUUCAAAUUGAUGAGGAAUUUAUCAAACCAACAAUAAGUACUGAUAAUUUACAGAAUGACUGUGCUACAAAAGAUGAAACUCGUGACGAUACUGAUAAACUUAAGUCUAUCGGCAAUUUAUGUUGCAACCCACUAUACAAUUCUUUUAAUUUACGUGAGACAAAAAAUAUUCACAUUCCUUUUGAUGUGAAAAAAAAAGUUGUUGAAUUGAUGAGAAAAAAUCCAUCUUGGUCAAAAACUAAGAAAACGUAG